AUGUUCAUUCUUAUUAGUCUCGUCGGAAUUGCUCUGGCCCAAGCCUGCUCUGGACCAUGUAUUCCUGAUAGACUACACGGAAAGAUUGUGUAUUAUUGCCCUGCGGGAUUCGAAUGUGUGAAUAAGCAGAAGUGUUGCCCCGUGCCGGCCCCAACAACGCAAGAGCCCCGUUGUUAUGGACAUUGCAUUGGCCUAAACUGCCCCUCAGAUCAAUAUUGCAACGAGAAAAAUUUGUGCUGCAAAUUGGAUCCAAACGCUCAUACUAAUAAUAAAGAAAAAAUUGCGCAAAUCCAUCAAAGAGAUUCCAAAAUGUCCAACAUCCGUCUAAGAGUUCCGAGCAUUGUGAACGAAGCUCGCGGUCAUUCUUAA